UCAAUAUACACUAUACUGCCAAAUAUAUUGGGACACCCCUAUAAAAUCAGUAGAUUCAGGUAUUCCAAUUACCUCCAUGGCCACAGAUGUAUAAAAACUGCUUCUACAAACAUUUUUGAAGGAAUGGGUUGCUCUCAGGAGCUCAGUGAAUUCAAGGGCGGUACCGUGAUAGGUUGCCACCUGUGCAAGUCCAUCAUCUGUGAAAUUUCCUUGUUACUAAAUAUUGCACGGUCAAAUGUUAGUGGUAUUAUAAUCAAAGUGGAAGCAAUUGGGAACAACAGAAACUCAGCCACGAAGUGGUAGGCCACGUAAAAUGACAAAGCGGGGGUCAGCACAUGUUGAAGCACACAGUGCGCAGAAGUCACCAACUGUCUGCAGAGUCAAUAGCUAAAGACCUCCAAACUUCAUGUGGCCUUCAGGUUAGCACAACAGUGUGCAGAACUUCAUGGAAUGGGUUUCCAUGGCCGAGAAGCUGCAUCCAAGCCUUACAUUACCAAGUGCAAUGCAAAGCGUCGGAUGCAGUGGAGA